AUGUUCCACUUCCUGCUUCUGGUGUCUAGACAGGGCAAGGUCCGCCUCUGUCGCUGGUUCGGAGACUGCGAAGCAGAAAAAGAAAUUUCUUCUUUUUUGCAUUUUGCUGCUCGCAGCGCAAAAGCUCGAAAUGAACUCAUCAGAGACGCAGCAGCAAAAGUGCUGCAGCGCAACGCCAGGCAGUGCAACGUCAUUGAGUGGCGCGAAGACACCAAACUCGUCUUCAAGCGAUACGCCAGUCUGUUUUUCAUCGCCUGCGUGGACGCGAACGAAAACGCACUUCUAGUUUUGGAAGUUGUGCACCAUUAUGUCGAAGUUUUGGACAAAUAUUUCGGAAAUGUUUGCGAAUUAGAUUUAAUAUUCAACUUCCACAAAGCGUACUACUUGCUGGACGAAGUGCUGUGCGGGGGCGAACUGCAGGAGUCGAGCAAAAAGGCCAUUUUGAGAAUUGUCGGCGCCCAAGACGCCCUCACUGAAGAGACCAACGCAAAACCCUCCAAACUCCACUGA